UUACCGGAUCUGCCAGAGGCUCUGAUUAGCAAAAAAAAACUCGCCUUAAAAAUCGGACUCUUUUGUUCCCAACCGACCAAAUGUGAAGGCAGUCUGAAUAUGCUAAAAGAGAAUUAAAAAGAUUUUAAAAUUAAAGCACAAAUUCAAGACUCAGAAUUUACAUUUAUUUACUAACCUUCGAUCCUAGGAAGUCGAUUGUUUUCGCCAAUGAUAAACCGGAUGUAGCUUUUUCAUCCGGGCCUUCUCCGCUGUCAUUCGGGGUUUCAUUAUGUACGAAUCCGGAUGAAUAUUCUCGACACUCUUUUGCCGGAACAACUACCGGGAGCGUCAUUCUAGGCUUCUUCAUUGCAAUAUUUACAUCUUCCGGGUAGUGCGGGGACUGGUUACGAUGCAUGUGGUACUCUCCGUUGAGCGUGUGUGUUGGGCAGCUAAUAAGAGUAACAGAUAUACAGAGUAACAUAAAAUGAACUGACCGUGUGUGAACACAAUUCGACAACGUGUUUGUAAUAAUUGGCUCCUGGAAUAAAUAUUAAUUUGUUGUGCAAUUACGUGCGUUAUUUAUAAGCGGAUUAUCACAGUGGCGACGAGGAUCGGUCUCCUCCAUAACACGUUCCAUUGGAAAACAAAUCCGGAACAAUUUGAGAAAAAAAAGUGUUGAGGUUAUUUUCAUAAUCCAGAAUGGAUCGGUGGGAUAUUUCCCAGUUUCUAUUCAAGUCCCUACCACAACAUGAAAUCCGCGGACAAUGGAUUAGAUGGAAGAGGCAUUUCGAAUAUGUAGUGGACAAAAAGUAUAAGCUGAAAAAUUUCUUGUUGGCAAGAGCAGGGCCGGACGUUCAGGAAGUUUUCUCGACAAUCCCGGAACCUAAUUUGGCUCAAGAUGCUGAUGAUUUGAUCGACCCAUACGGUGUAGCACUUCAAAAGCUUGACGAGUACUUUGCUCCCAAACAACACGCAGCUCUAGAACGGAACUCUUUCUGGACCUUAAUGCCGUCAGAGGGAGAAGAGCUUGAUAAGUUUAUGCUUCGGGCCCGUGAACUGGCGCAAAAAUGUAACUUCGGAAAAACCGAACAAGAGAGUCGUGAGAUAAGCGUGAUGGAUAAAAUAACGUUACUUGCACCGUCUGAUUUGAAAGAAAAACUUCUUCAAAGGGAUUUAUCAACAUUAGAUGAAAUGUUUAAAGUAGUAGCUUCCCAUCAAUCCGUGAAAUACCAAGCAAGUAGAAUGAUUUCCACGGGGCCAUCAGGGUUUUCAGCGGCUGGGCCUUCCGGUUGGUCAAAUGCUAAUGCUAAUGUGAGUGUCAACAAAAUGUAUGCCAACAACCCCGAUCAAUGUACUCGUUGUGGAAAACAAAACCACUCACAAGCUGACGACGAAUGCCCUGCACGAACCCAGAAAUGCAAGAAAUGCGGAUUAAUCGGUCAUUGGGCUCUGCAGUGUAAAACUGCUCCUGGUAAGUACAGGAGACAAAUCCAAAAUUCUACUCGAAUACCGAAUUACCGGAAACCAACCAACCGAGUAAGGCAGAUUUCUACCGAAAACGAAGAAAAACCAACCAGUUUCAUAUUUGCUAUUGGAGAUGGAGAUGAAUACGUAUGGGUGAAGAUCGGUGGUGUUGUAACACAAAUGCUAAUUGAUUCCGGCAGCAAGAAAAACAUAAUCGAUAAUCAAUCAUGGGAGCAGAUGAAAAAACAAGGUGUUGUUGUACGAAAUGCAACAAAGGAUGUUGAUCAACGUUUUCGAGGCUACGGAAACAAUGCUGAGCCACUACAAGUGAUCGGCAUGUUUGACGCAACGGUAGAGGUACAAAACAGCGAUAGGCCGGUACAAAGCGAGGCUAGAUUCUAUGUAAUCAUGGAUGGAAAUCAAGCUCUUCUUGGAAAGGAAACUGCUCGUCAAAUGAAUGUCCUCCGUUUGGGUUUACCAGAACAGCAGAAUAACAUCUUCAAGAUAUCAACGAAAACUCCUUUCCCAAAAAUGAAAGGUAUUGAGCUACGAAUUCCUAUUGACGCGUCGGUUACUCCAGUAGUACAGCAUGCUAGACGACCGCCUAUAGCACUCCUUAGUCGAAUUGAAGACAAGUUAAAACACCUUGAAAAUGCGGAUAUAAUAGAAAGGGUAAACGGCUAUAGCGAUUGGCUCUCACCACUUGUAGUUAUUGUCAAAGACAACGGUGACUUGCGACUGUGUGUUGACAUGCGUUUAGCCAACAAGGCUAUCAAACGUGAAUAUCAUUUGAUGUCAACUAUCGAUGACUUCUUACCACGAUUGAAAACCGCUAAAUAUUUUUCCCGUCUUGAUAUCAAGGAUGCAUGCCAUCAAGUAGAUCUUGAUGAAUCUUCACGAUCGAUAACGACUUUCAUAACCCAUCUCGGCAUGUUCAGGUACAAACGAUUGAUGUUUGGGAUUUCAUGUGCACCUGAGAUGUACCAGAAGAUCUUAGAGCAGUUGCUAGCUUCCUGCGACAACUGUAUUAAUUAUAUUGAUGAUAUUGUUGUACAUGGGGCCGAUGAAGAUGAGCAUAAUCGGUGCUUGAAAAAGGUCCUAGAUGUAUUGAAAUCAAGUGAUGUUUUGUUGAAUACUAGCAAAUGCCAGUUUAAAGUAACUGAACUGUCGUUUCUGGGACAUCAUAUCUCGAUCAAAGGAGUCCUACCGGCAGAGAGUAAAGUUGACGCAAUAAAGCAAUUUAGAAAGCCGAACGACGUAGAAGAACUCAGAAGUUUUCUAGGCCUCGUGACGUACGUUGGACGGUUUUUACCGGAUUUGGGAACAGUAGCGACACCUCUUAGAGCAUUAACACAUCAGGGAUCAGAUUUCGUGUGGACAGUUAGUCAGGAAAAAGCCUUCCAGAGUCUGAAAAACAUGAUUUCAGAUGUACAUCAUCUUAAAUUUUUCGACAAUUCCUUGCGUACUAGAGUUGUGGCUGAUGCAUCACCGGUAGCACUUGGGGCAGUGCUCCUACAAUUUCAAGACAAUGACGAUACCAUUCCGAGAGUGAUUUGCUACGCCAGUCGUAGUUUGACAGCUACAGAGCAGCGCUACUGUCAAACAGAGAAGGAAGCUCUAUCUCUCGUGUGGUCAGUAGAGCGUUUUUCUCAAUACUUGAUUGGGCGCAUAUUCGAGCUGGAAACAGACCACAAACGUUUAGAGGCAAUAUUUGCCCCUACAUCCCGCCCAUGUCCAAGAAUUGAACGUUGGGUGCUUCGCCUGCAGUCAUUUACAUUUAAUGUAAAAUAUCGCAAAGGAAAAGCUAACAUCGCCGACCCUUUAUCCCGACUACCAAUUCUGAAAAAUCAGCAAGACGGGGUAGAAAAGGGUGACGAUAAGUUCCUAGUUCUUGCUAUUCUGGAAUCCACCGCUAUCGACGUGGGAGAAGUAGAAGAAGCUUCAAUCGUAGACAGUGAGUUGACGGCCGUUCGUGAAUGCCUCCGCAGUGGUGUAUGGGGCAAACCCGAAAUUCGAGCAUAUGAAGCUUUCCAGCAAGAAUUAGGUAUGGUGGGCGAACUCGUUGUGAGAGGAAACAAACUUGUUAUACCGAUAGCGCUUCGAAAGAGAUUUUUACAACUCGGUCAUGAGGGUCACCCUGGAGAAUCUAGCAUGAAAAAAAGAUUGCGGGAUAGAGUAUGGUGGCCAGGAAUGGACAGGGAAAUAUCGAAAUUUGUAGCUAGCUGUGAAGGAUGUCACCUUGUAGGUCUACCUCAGAAACCUGAGCCCAUGCACCGUAGGGCUUUACCGUCUCAGCCGUGGUCGGACGUCGCUAUCGACUUCUUGGGCCCUUUGCCGAGUGGCGAAUAUCUCUUUGUCAUUGUCGAUUAUUAUAGUCGAUAUCAAGAGGUCGAAAUAAUGAUGAAAAUAACUGCAAAGGAAACAGUAACCAGGUUGAAUAAAAUAUUCACUAGAUUAGGGUUUCCAAGAACCAUUACUUUAGACAAUGCUAGACAGUUUUUGAGUUUCGAAUUUGGUGAUUAUUGCAAGGCGAAUGGAAUACAUCUCAACUUCACAAUUCCGUAUUGGCCUCAACAAAACGGCGAAGUAGAACGCCAAAAUCGGUCUCUACUCAAACGUUUACAAAUAAGCUACGGGUUAAAGAGAGAUUGGCGCCAUGAUCUAGAAGAGUAUCUUGUCAUGUACUAUUCUACUCCGCAUUCGGUCACAGGAAAGACACCAACAGAGUUAUUAAUGGGACACACUAUUAGGACUAAAAUUCCAUCUUUGAAGGAUGUCGAAACAGCUCCUCCUAAUGAAGAAUUUGCAGACCGAGAUCAACACCAAAAAUAUCACAGCGCCCAACGGGAAAAUGAGCGCAGACAAGCUACUCAAUCUACGAUUGGAGUAGGAGAUAAAGUCCUUAUGCGAAAUCUCACGCCAGACAAUAAAUUGUGCCCUCGUUUUAAUCCGAUUGAAUACACUGUCAUGAAUAAAACGGGUUCACGGUUAACUAUACAGAAUUCGGAAGAUGGACGUAGCUACGAUCGGAAUGCAGCACACGUCAAACGUGUAGAAAUUCCCGAGCCUAGGAUUGAAACGUCAUCUGAUGCCAUGCCAACUGAGGAAAACCCAGCGCCACCUCUAAAGCGAUCUCGCCGUCCUCCCGUGCGAUUGGAAGACUAUGUCCUAGAUGACGAGUUUUGAAGUCUUGAGAAAAAACGAGAUGUGGUACUCUCCGUUGAGCGUGUGUGUUGGGCAGCUAAUAAGAGUAACAGAUAUACAGAGUAACAUAAAAUGAACUGACCGUGUGUGAACACAAUUCGACAACGUGUUUGUAAUAAUUGGCUCCUGGAAUAAAUAUUAAUUUGUUGUGUAAUUACGUGCGUUAUUUAUAAGCGGAUUAUCACAAUGCAUUUAUUUUUGUUCUGUGACUUCGACGAUGAACCGGCAGAGCUUUUCCCGUAAUUGUUGGAACUGGAAGCGGAGCUCUCACAUGGCGCACUGAAAAAAGUUAUAUUUUUGUUAGUGGUCAGGUAACUGACUAAAGUUUGAUACAAAUUAUGGAUUUUCUUUAGAAAAUUUAUUACCUUUUAGAAACUCCUCCUUCAUGAUAAGUCGAUUUUCAAGGACAAGGUAAACUAUA